UGUCAAAAAGCAUUUUUAUUCACGUGUUUGAAGCCCUAAACUACAGUUCUAGUGUCUCAUUAUCAUAAUAAACCUAAUCUUAUUGUCCUGUAGUGAAAAAUGUGAUCUUCGAGUGUUUUUUAUAAUCUAACCUUAAUUGAAUUGGCAAUGUUUGGGGUGGUUUGCCCCCAAUGCAAGAAAGCAUCGAACGGGGCUGCCAACCGACUGGUAAGAGAUUCCUGCGGUCAUGAAAAGUGCCGUGUGUGUCUUCUCCUCGACGAGGAAAAAUGUCAACAGUGUAAAACUGAAAAUACUGAGGUUAAAGAACAAGAGCCUCCAAGUGUUAUCAAAUGUGAGAGCCACACUGGCGUGAUAACGUGUAAUGGCACGGCGAAAAAGACACCAAUUUGCCCCAUUGCCCAGAAUGGAGGAGUUGAGAAGAAACAACCGACUAAAACAUCAUCAAAAAAUUUACCUAACCGAAAUUUGUUUAAUGAUAUUUCUGUCCCCAAUCAUGUUACUGUUCUUAAGGAUCCCCUUCAAUAUAAAUGCAACAUUUGUAACAAGAAAUUUACCACAAAGUCGCAUAUUAAGUACCACACCUACUGUACAGGACAGAGGAAACCUUUUCAAUGCAAUUUGUGCUCCAGAGAUUUUAUUACUAAGUCACACCUAGACGUUCAUCUUUUAAAGCACACUGGAACCAAACCGUUCACCUGUAACAUCUGCCAGAAAUCUUUCAGCGAAAGAAGCAAAUUAAAUCGUCACAGUCUUUUACAUUCAACAGUCAAACCGUACAUGUGUUCAGAGUGUGGUAAAGCAUUCCGUAGCAAGGAAUCACUCAAAAUCCAUACCUUGAUCCAUCGCGGCGAAAAACCAUACUCCUGCAGGGUGUGCAACAUCAGUUUCAACAAUACCUCAAACUUAAACAAACAUCUCAUAACGCAUUCAAAUGAAAAAUCGCACAUGUGUGACCAGUGUGGCAAAAGAUUUAAAUUGAAAUGGGCUUUGACAGUUCACCGACGAUCUCAUUUAAAAGACCGACCUUUUGAAUGCACCAGUUGCUCAAGGGCUUUUGUUAAUAAUAAAGAUUUGCAACGUCAUCAACUUAUCCACUUAGAAACGAAAGCUUACAAUUGCAGCAUUUGCAACACUAGUUUUCGGCGCAAAGAUAACUUAUACCGGCAUGUGAAAAACACACAUCCGGGCAAAAAAGCCGAACCUGUUACAACUACCGUCAAACAAUUACUCGUCAAACCUAACAAACCCGUGGAUAAUCCCAAUGCGAUUAAUGUGAUAACAGCGUCGCCGGCUUGUAAAACCAAACCGGUGAAUAAUCGCACCGGAACUGUGAUUAACGGCCCCUUGAAGCUUGCAUUUAAGACUAGCGCAUUUAAAAAUAAUUACAAUAUUCAUAGAGAUUGUGACGACGAUCUGAUACCGAACGUAUCAAAACCGUACGAUUUGGCCGAGUCGGUGAAUAUUUGUCAGAAGAUUUUGUCGCCGCACUCGCCUCCGGCUCGUAACAUAAUUCGGACAUCGACAGAGCCGACUUCCACCGAAAUCUGUCAGAAUAUCCUUUCCCCAUAUUCCAGACCUAUUCAUUACGAGACUUCUUUCGAACAUAAAAAACACGCAAUUAUUAAAAAUAUCAAAUUCAAGUUGCCUCCAAAUUACACGAAUCUUAAACCGACGAAUAUUAAUUUCAACGUUGACACGGACUUGGCUAAUAAUAAGACUUACACAGAACUGAAAACGGUGCAAAAUGCCGCCACCAGUGUCAUUGUUAACAGCAAUUUGAGCCAAAAUAGUAACAUGCACUGGAGGAGAAGGACGUUGCAAAAUCUUUGUUCGAGGAAUUUAGAGAAUUGAAGACUGUUGAAGGCUUUUCGUUUAAAAUUUUUAAUACUAUUGUAAUUUUUAUUGUGAUGUAAGAGAAAAAUUGUAUGAAUAUUUAAAUAAAAUUCGGCUGUGUAUUGUA